CCUGCCAGCCGUGCGGUGCCACUGGGUUGGAUGACUGCUUGCAGCAGUAUGUCCACAAGUUCGAGCGGGAGAAGAUCAAUGGGGAGCAGCUGCUGCAGAUCUCCCACCAGGACCUGGAGGAGCUGGGUGUCACCCGCAUCGGGCACCAGGAGCUCGUGUUGGAGGCAGUCGACCUCCUCUGUGCACUGAAUUAUGGCCUUGAGACAGAUAAUAUGAAGAACUUGGUUCUGAAACUGCAAGCGUCUUCCCGAAACCUACAGAAUUACAUAAGUAGCCGGCGGAAAAGCCCCACUUACAAUGGGAACACCUCGAGCAAGCCUGCCAAUGAGUUCCUGACCUCCGUGGUGGAGCUCAUCGGUGCUGCAAAGGCCUUGCUAGCGUGGCUGGACCGGGCUCCGUUUGCUGGGAUCACAGAUUUCUCCGUCACCAAGAACAAAAUCAUCCAACUGUGCCUGGAUCUGACCACGACCGUGCAAAAGGACUGCCUUGUAGCGGAAAUGGAGGAUAAGGUGCUGACCGUCGUCAAGGUUUUAAAUGGCAUCUGUGACAAAACCAUCCGGUCCACCACCGACCCUCUCAUGAGCCAGUGCGCGUGUCUGCAGGAGGUCCAUCUGCCGAACGUGAAGCCCGGGGAAGGCCUGGGCAUGUACAUCAAGUCGACCUACGACGGAUUGCAUGUGAUCACGGGAACCACGGAGAAUUCCCCGGCCGACAGAUCACAGCGGAUCCACGCUGGUGACGAGGUCAUCCAAGUCAACCGGCAGACGGUGGUGGGGUGGCAGCUCAAAAACCUGGUGAAGAAGCUGAGAGAGAACCCCACAGGGGUCGUGCUACUGCUGAAGAAACGUCCCACGGGUUCCUUCAACUUCACCCCCGCACCCCUGAAGAACCUGCGCUGGAAGCCGCCUCCCGUGCAGACCUCUCCUCCACCCACGACGACCCAGUCCCCCGAGAGCACCAUGGACACUUCUCUGAGGAAGGAGAAGCCGGCCAUCCUGGACCUCCACAUCCCGCCCCCGCCAGCCGUGCCCUACUCCCCCCGGGAGGAGAAGGGGAGCUUGGUUUAUGGAGGGUUCAGUAAGUGCAAACAGCCUUUGCCUGCUCCCAAGGGCUCAGAGUCCCCAAAUUCCUUCCUGGACCAUGAGAGCCGAAGGCGGAGGUUCACCAUCGCUGACUCGGACCAGCUGCCCGGCUAUUCCGCAGAAACGAGUAUUCUGCCCACAAAACUCAGAGAGAAAACGCCAUCCUAUGGCAAGCCUCGGCCCUUGUCCAUGCCUGCUGACGGGAGCUGGAUGGGCAUUGUUGACCCUUUUGCGAGACCUCGAGGCCACGGGAGGAAAGGUGAGGACGCCCUUUGUCGGUACUUCAGCAAUGAGCGGAUCCCUCCCAUUGUGGAAGAACGCGCCUCCCCGGCCUACCGCUUCCCCAGACCUGCAGAACGGCACCUGGUGCGGGGCGCAGACUACAUCCGAGGGAGCCGCUGCUUCCUCAGCGCAGACCUCCACAACAGCGCCACCAUUCCAUUCCAGGAGGAAGGGACCAAAAAGAAGUCUUCCCCCUCGUCCGCAAAGUCGUCCUCCACAGAGCCCUCGCUCCUGGUCAGCUGGUUUACUCGGCUCAAACUGUUGACUCACUGAGAGCGAGCGGCUGCCUCCCUGCCCCUGGGCUCCCAAGUGCCUCGGCCCCUCGGCCUGUUCUGAACGCUCGCCCUCAGUAUUACGUAGUGACCUGUCAUUUCAUCCUUGUGGAAAGCUGGACGUGACUGGAUGGGAGCAGACCCAGGGGAUCCUGGGUACUGGCUUGUCGGAGCAGGAGGAAGGAAGCAGUGGCUGCUGCUUGCUUGCUUCACCAGAGUCGGGACACUGUCACUCCCCCAGGAGGUGCUGCUCUUGGGCCAGGGAGGUUAUGUUUGCUGUGAGGACCUGGUGGCACUGUUUAUUGGUUUGUUGUUUGGGAGGGGAGAGCUGAAAUUGAUGGGCUGUCACCACACAGAUGUCCGGUUUGUGGUCCAGUUUCUUUACCUGGCAAAGCUCAUGGAGACAGCCCUUUGGUUUGGGUGUCCUGAGCGCUCUACCUUGUGUGUCAGGGUAGCGGCUUUGACUCUGAGGGGUCACGUGAGAAGCACUGACGAGCUUCCAAGCUAGAGAUGUGGCUCUAGGCUUGGCGGACCUCAGAGCAGGGCAGCCGAUGCAGACACGUGAACUCAGUGAGGCCCGGAUUCUCCCACACAACGACGCUGCAGUUCUUUUGCGAGGGUGGAGCAAUGUUGUAUAUUACUGUCUUUAAGGGGGGGGUGGGGAUUUGACUUGCUGACAGCCAAAGCACCAUUCAGACAGAGGAAGUGACGACAUUUAGGCUUAUGAGCCAAUAACACCAGUUUGCAUUUUGACCUGCUCAAUGUUUAACUUCCCAGGGGAAAAACAUAUAGAUAUAUAGAUAUAUACUUAUAUCUACAUCUGCCUUUUUCUAAUUAGAAAGAUCUGAGACACGCUCCCCGUCACUCGUUUCUCAAGUAGCGUCCGGUAUUUCUGGAAAGCAUGUCUGGGUGUUAUUAACUCCUUUGCUGGAACUGAGUGGAUGAUGUUUUUUAGAACUAUUUAAGUGUUUUAAAUACAGUUGUAUAUUUUUCUUACUCGCGGUCACAUGUACUUGAACGUAUUUCUGGUUUGCGUCAGACAGGAAACAGAUGACACUGUUUCAGGGUGUUUUAGGAAACAGACGACAGAGUGUUUCAGGGUGUUUUCGGAUGCUCACGCGACCACCAUGGCUGUUGUCACCAUGAGAGCUGUUGUUAAAAAAAAAAAUCGGAAAAAAAAAUAAAGCCUCCUAAGCGUUU